GCCACUGCACCGUCACAGCACCACUAGGAGUAGCUGCUUGCAGCCUGCAGCUAGAUAGACGACGAUGGAGGACGCGCCGGUGUGGUUCAUCUCGCUGGCCUGCCUCGGCGCGGUGUACGUCGCCGCCCUCUGCGCCCGGCCCCUCGCCUACCUCGCGCUCUGCCUGCGCCGGCCGAAGGACCUCCUCCGCUGCUACGGCUCCUGGGCCGUCGUCACCGGGCCGACGUCCGGGCUCGGCCGGUCCAUGGCCAUGGAGCUCGCGCGCCGGGGCCUCAACCUCGUCCUCCUCGACCUCGACGCCGCCAACCUCCAGGAGACCUCCGCAGCCAUCAAGGCCCUCCACGCCGUGAAGGUCAAGACCGUCGUGCUGGACCUCUCCCUCGUCGCCACCCCUCAAGGUGACGAGGCGAUACGGCGGCUCCGGGAGGCGAUGGAGGGGCUGGACGUGGGGCUGCUGGUGAACAACGCCGCCGUGAACACGCCCGGCGCGGUGUACCUGCACGAGGCCGACAUCGAGCGGUUCGUGCGGAUGAUACGGAUCAACCUCUGGGGGCUCACGGAGGUCACGGCGGCGGUGCUGCCGCGGAUGCUGGAGCGGGGGAGGGGCGCCAUCGUCAACGUCGGCUCCGGGUCAACGGUGGCCGUACCGUCCUUCCCACUCUACACCGUCUACAGCUCCACCAAAAAGUACGUUGCUCAGUUCUCCAGAAGCCUCUACGUCGAGUACAAGAGCAAAGGAAUCGACGUCCAAUACCAGGUCCCCUUCUACGUGCACACGCGGAUGCUGUCGAGCGCGGUGAAGGCGAAGCUCCGGCCGUGGUUCGUGGCGACGGCGGACGAGUACACGCGCACGGCGGCGCGGUGGAUCGGGAACGGCCCUCUCUGCGUGCCCGGCGCCGCCCAGAAGCUGCAGUGGUGCCUCACCGGCUUCGUGCCGGACUGGGCCCACGACUGGUACCGGAUCCGCCUGCACCUGCAGCACAGGGCCGUCACCCGGGCCGGUCGCCGGGCGGCCGUAACCCCCGGCGACGGCAGCUCACCGCGGGGUCAGGUGAUCACCGUCGGCAACUCAGGGGGGCCAAAGGUCAUGGCCGGCUAACUGGCGGCAAGCCCCCAGCCCAAGCUCUCUGCUUGAUGAAGAUGUGUUACGUUGGUAUAAGGUUCAGCUCAUGCGAUUUAACUUGGACGAGAUGGUGAUGUUGAUGAAGUUUACAUGUGGACUUAAUUACUUGUGUAAGUAAUAAUGUUUUGUGAAAUGUGCAUUAUCGAUAUGCUGAAUUGUUUGCCGGAUCAUCGCACAAGUAGUGUCGAUGAUUUCUCA